GGAAUGCAACUUAAACAACUUUUGUUAGUUAACAGAGUAAAGUUUUUUGUUUGUUUUCCUUUUUUGUUUUUGUUUUCAGUAACCCAAACUUAAUACAAAAUUUAUCUAAGUUGGUUUACAAUGUAAUAGUGACAAUGUAAUAGGGACCAAGUCUUUUAUAACACAAGCCAUACUUUUGCAAUUGUUGUAUAGACAUUUAUUUUUAUUUGAGGUGCACUACUAAUAUUUUAUACUAAAUGUAAUGCUUAACUGCUAAAAUAAAUGCUCACAAUCUUUCUUUGUUACUGUUACUUUCCCCACCAAUUUUGCAGUGUGCUGUUUUAACCAUUUAACAGCCAUGGUUAUAGUUUGCAAUAGUCUACAUUUCAAGGCUACUGUCCCUGCUCUAGCCUUACAAAGUAUAUUACCCGUUUCUUCCCCAUUAUAUUUUUAAACUCUGUGGGGAUUUGCAGGGAGGGGUUAAGGGGGUUCCCUAGCUCGUGUUUUUCUGUCAUGUUAGAUCGUGAUUCCUACAGCGGACAGCUCGCUUACUCACCAGAUCAGCCAUUGGGGUCACCAGUGUGGUCAGACAUCACCGGUGUGGUGCUCUACUCUGUUCAAUGAUGAUAACAGUCGGUUACAUGUGUGUGUUCCCUCUGUGCGCUGCCCCGGCUCUGUGCAGUUAGCUGACACAGCAGACUCCGAGAGAACCGCCAAUGGCCACAGACUCUGAUAAGAUUACCUUGUCUUCUGUGCACUGGGAAAUGAGAGUCUGGAACCUGCUCCCAGUCAGUAAACUCUUGACAGUGGACUGGACUGCAGCUGUGCUAAUAAGCUAUGGCCAUCGUGGUGAGCAUUUUUCCAGUUCUCCUUUGGAGAAUGAUGGCGUUUCAGGCAAACUUAUUGCAAGCUAAAGGAAUUCAGGUUCUCCCACCUGUUAACUUCACUCUCACAGUCUCUGCACUAGCAGAAGUACUUUUGCAAUGGAAACCAAACCCUGACCAAGAAAAGAACCACACUGUUGAAUACAAUGUGGAAAUUAUGACUCCUGAGUGGGAACCGUAUGAGACAAAGAAAACUUGCAGUACCCGUACAGCUGUGCUUCAUAAUGGUUUUUCUGCACGUAUUCGGACAUUGCUUCUCUAUAACAACUCGCAAAUAGAAAGUAACUGGGUUACAGCUAAACUUCAAGCUCCACCAGGUGCUGUUGAGACAUCAGUUACUAACUUAUCCUGUGUGAUUUACACGGCCAUUGAUAAUACUGCAUCUCUUCAUUGCACCUGGCUUGCUGGCAAAGAGGCACCAGAAGAUACAAAAUACUUUCUAUUUUACAGGUAUAAUAGCUACACUGAAGAAUGCCAAGAAUAUAGUAAAGACAAAUGGGAAAGAAAUAUUGGUUGUCGAUUUUCAAACACUUACAUAAAGACUAGUGAAACUGACGAAGUCAUCGUAAUACACAUUAAUGGGUCAAGCAAGUACACUGCAAUCAAACCUUUUGAACAGUUAUUUAAUCCACAAGCCAUUGAGAAAGUGAAUCCUCCCAGAAAUGUCACCGUGUUUUUAAAACAAAACAACCUCCUGAUCAUGUGGGAAAUGCCAGCUUCUUCUUUCCUAGAGGACUGUUUUGAAUAUGAACUGAACAUCUACAACUGGAAGAUGGAUUACAGACAGAUACUGGAAACAAUGUUAAACAGUUUCAGUUUAAGUAUUGAUGACACCUGCAGAUACUCCAUACAGAUAAGAGCUAAUCGUCAAUCAUGGUGUAGUGAAGGAAUUUGGAGUGAUUGGACUGAACCUCUCCAUAUUGGAAAAAACCAGCCAAGGACUCCAGUAGACUCCAAGGCCUACACGGUUCUCAUUGCGCUUCUAGUAUUCAUAUGUUCCGUGGCAUUGCUUACUGCUAUAAUAUGCAGAAAGUAUCACUUAUGGAGCAGACUAUUUCCACCAAUUCCAACACCCCAUAACAGUUUAAAAAAUCUGUUUUUAAAUAAGAGCUAUCAGAGAACACGUAACUUUACCAGUGAAACGGAAACAGAAAUUGGAAGUUGCUGUGAAGAUCUUGGAAGUUAUGUUGAGGACCUUUCUUCGGAUGUCCUUGAAGAUUCUUAUAAUAUGAACUAUUAAUCCAUUCAUGAGCUUGAAAUUAACAGGAGUGUUACUGCAAGUGACAACAGUUUAGAUUGGAUGAACCUUCAGAUCAUACCAUCAUCAGUGCUUCAAACGUAGAAAAAUGUGUUGCUUCCAAGAGGUGAAGUUGCUUAAUAAAAAGUGACAUUUGUAUGUGUUACCUUGUAAAGAAAAAAGUGAGUACGUUCUGUGAUGCUCUGUACCUCGAGGGGACACUCUACACCCCCAUGUUCAUCUUUAUAAAAUGAUUGUGAGG